AUGGCUCUUCGGCGAGCUUUCUCGAUACCGUCAGCCAAGAAGGCAACUGGAAAGAUGCCAGACUCUCGCCCCGAGGCGGGUUCUCUAAGCAUUGAAGCACGCUACAUCGAAUUCAAUUACGACGCCCUUUGCAAAAAGGCUGUCGAGCAAUGUCCCGGCUCUCAGAGCGUCGUCGGAUGUAAGAAGAUUGAGGGAGAAUUCAACAGGGUCUUUGUGUUUACAAUGGAUGAUGGUCAGACUCUUAUCGCAAGGCUGUCCUUCUCGGUUGCCGGCCCACCUCGAUAUGUGAUUCACUCAGAGGUCGCCACCAUUGCUUAUAUCAAGUCCAAAACAUCCAUCCCAGUGCCGGACGUUGUUUGCUGGUGUGAUUCAAGCUCGAACCCGAUAGGCACAGAGUACAUUUUUAUGAAACCGGUGCCUGGCGUCCAGCUUCACGGUCGAUGGGAGACGAUGACAAGCUCAGAACAUCUCAGCUGCAUUGAAUCCAUUUCGAAGAUGAUGGCUCAAGCGACGAAGCUUGAGUUCCCUGCAUACGGCAACUUUGCGCAUGGUUUUUGUGUGGGACCUCACUGUGGUUUUACCUAUUGGAAUUGUGCACCUGGUGAAGCUUCAAUUUAUUGUCAGACCAUUGACAAGGGACCCUGGGUCGAUCUUUCCAGCUACUGCGGAGGCCUGAUUACAUCUGCUCGCUCUCGUAUCCCAGCCUCUGUACCAGAAGACCAACUGCCUUAUCAGGGCUCAAUCCAGGAUCAUGUCAGGUUCGUGACAGAAUGUGAGGCUGUUCUCUAUGAUCUCAUAAAGAGGCCUCAGGUGCAACGCGUCGCAAAGCCAACUCUGCUGCAUGCCGAUCUGCACAAAAGGAACAUCUUCGUUCCCGACAGCGAUCCCACCAAGAUCACCGGCAUCAUCGACUGGCAAUCGACAAGCAUCGAGCCCGCGUUCAUCUACGCCAACGAAACACCUGAUUUUGCAAGCUUGGUAGAUGAUGUAGCCGGAACGGCAAAAGACGAACAGGACCAAGCAAGGCAAAAGAAGCGAACGGACAUCCAGUUGUGCGCCGAAGCCUUUGAAAUAUGGAUGGAGGGCCACGCCCCAACCAUUAGCCAGGCCCGCGCGCUCGAUGACACCAUCCUGCGGCUUUUUCGCCAUUGCAAUACCUCAUGGAGGGACAGCGUUACGGCUGUUAGAGGCGACCUUAUCGACCUGGCCAAAGAAUGGAAUGCACUAGAGCUGGGAGGCUCGUGUCCCUUUCAACCGACACAGGACGAACUCGCCAUACACGAAAAGAAUCGCGAAGAUUUCGAGUCCGAUUUGAGUCUGAGAGCGUGGCUCGUGCAGAGAUUGGGCGUAACUUCGGACGGCUGGAUCCCUAUACAUGAGUUCCCACUCAUCUUACCCGCCUAUCACGAAGCGUACGAGCAGUGGAUCCAGAUUGCCAGACAGGCCGUGGUCGCUGGCGAUGCCGAAAUGUCGGUGGAAAAAGCGGAGAAGCUGUGGCCGUUCGAUGAGCGGUAA